UUGUAACAAACAUUCUCACAUAAAAAUUCAAGUUCGGUCAUCAUUAUAUAUAACAAUAAAUGUAGCAGGUAACUGCAACCCCAUUAACAGGGAAAACCUUGUCUUCAUAAACUCAGAUUCAAUAGCUAGAAGGAGAAGCAUGCCAAAGAUGAGAAGACAAAUCGUUGUCCUUAUUCUCUUUACACUCCUCAUGAUGCUUUCAGAUUCUGCACUGAAUCAUGUUACUGCUAAUGCUCAGGAUAUUCAGCCAGUUCAGUUCAAGCUAAAAACCCUACAGCCUAUCCCACGUAGUGAACAUAUAACUUCAUGGGGUGAAGAAAAGAGGACUCACAGAAAGCACCCAUCAGGGCCUAACCCAGUAGGGAAUCAUCUCCCACCGACUAAACCAUAGAGAUGGAAAUUGGAGCCACUCCUUUGGAAUCAGUUUUCAGUAGAGACAUCAAUGCUCGCUCUUACUUCCGAGUUUCGACUAAGUGGGGAUCAAAACAUUUAUGUACACUGGAAAUUUCUUUUAGGAACAUUGUGCCUGUAAAAUAUCCACUAGUGUAUGUUGGGAAAUAGGCAGUGCCAUUAGCACCAUCGUACCAGGCACUUCUAGUAGGGAUUGGACUCAAGCUAUUCUACCUGAUUUUACAGCUCUGAUCUUUCUAUCUGCA